UUAACGUGUUCGAAUAAUUGCUGGUCCAUUUGUUUAUAUCCUGUUGUAGAUGUAUACUGAAGAGUCAAAUGUCUAAUUUGUAACUGUAUAUUAUAAUUUGUAACCUUGCUAAAAUCUCAAUAUAUUCCAGUCUUCAUAGAAACAAUCAAUAUGGACAGAAGACGAAAAAGAACAGGUGAUGAUAAAUCACCAACAGUAUCAAAGAAAAGAACCUUACCAGAUUCUGUCAGUUCAGACAAAUCUCUAAACUGUCUUGCCACAGUGAAGGCAUUUAUUCUGCCAGCAGGUAUUGAGAAAAUGAGGUUGCAAAUCUUUGAAACCCAACUAAAGAAAUAUGGUGGAACAGUGCUUAAAUUGUAUGAUAAUCAGGCAACUCAUUUAAUUGUUGAUGAUAAAAUGGAACCAAACAGAUUGUGUAGAAUUUUGAAAAUUGCCUCACCUCCAACUCGUGUGAAAAUUGUAAAAUCCAGUUGGCUCAGUGCUUGUUUUAAACGCAAAGAACUUCUUUGUUUUGACGACUACAGACUUGAUUGUUCAACAUACAUAAAAAGUAAAGAGCCUGACCUAAGUUUUGCAAAAGAAAAAGCUACUGCAGCAUCAAACUCUGAAAGUACUGUUGGAGGAAAUGUUAAAACCAAGAACAUGUUGCCAAAAGCUGGUUUCAUGUUUGGUCACCAUAGUAAAAAUAACAUACCUGCUUCCGCUGACGAUGAUGACAGUGACUACUGUCCUAGUGAUGGGGAAGGGAAGCCAGGGGACCCGUCCUCUGGGAAUAAUGAAUUUGCAGUCUCACCACAGAAAGAGUUACCCGUUGGGAAUUGGGUCUGUGCACAGUCCUCAAAAACACCUGUGGAAAAUCAAAAUAAACACAUCACUGACAUACUAGAGGAGAUGGUGAAAACUUACGAAUCAACCAAUGACAAGUGGAGGGCCUUUGGAUACCAGAAAGCCAUACAAGUACUUAGAAAGCACCCAAAACCUAUCAAAUCGUUUGAGGAAGCCAUGAAUCUCCCCAGCAUUGGCAAGCGGUUAGCAGAGAAGAUUUGGGAGAUUGCAGAAAGCGGUGAAUUACGCAAGUUGAAGGAGCUGAGAUCUAGCGAAGAGCUUAAGGUUAUAGAGACCUUCCAGAAUGUGUGGGGAGCUGGGGCACAUACAGCCCGGACCUGGUACCAACAGGGCCUACGGACACUUGAUGAUGUGAGGGAACAAGGGAAUCUUACUCAUCAACAGCAGGUUGGGCUGCAUUGCUAUAAUGACUUCCUUGAUAGAAUGCCAAGAGCAGAGGCGGCAGAGAUCGAACAAGUUGUGUGUGAAGCUGCCAAAAGCCUUCAGGAAGGUGUCAUUGCACAAGCAUGCGGCUCGUUCCGGCGCGGGAAAGCCACUUGUGGUGACGUCGAUGUCCUUGUGACACACCCGGAUGGAAAAUCCCACAAGGGGCUGUUUGGGAAACUGCUGGCUAAAUUGAAAGAGCUAGGUUUCCUCACCGACGAUCUUGUCACUGCUGAAGAUAACGGGAACCAGAAGAAAUACCUGGGUGUUUGCAAGCUUCCAGGAGAGGGGCGGAAGCACAGAAGACUGGACUUAAUAGUCGUGCCAUAUGAUGAAUAUGCAUGCGCACUUGUCUACUUCACUGGAUCUGCCCACUUGAACCGAUCGCUGCGCCACCUAGCAAAGAAAAUGAACAUGUCUCUCUCUGAACACUCAUUGAAUGUCGGUGUCGUAAGACGUGGCUCUGAGAAAAUCUACGAAGGAACACCAGUGCCUACGCCAACAGAAGAAUCAGUGUUUGUAAAACUUGGGGUCCCUUACCGACCACCCGAGGAAAGGGACCAUUAGCCUUGUUGCAUUAUAAUAAAAUGCACUAAGGAUAAUUGUUUGUUUGAGUGUAAGGUUGUAGAAUAUUUCACUGAGUCAGCAUAUUAAAAGAUUUAUUUCACAAAUGGCGUAGCCACGAGUGAAAUAUUCACCAAGUGAAAUAUUGCAAUCUUACACUGAAACAAACAAUUUUUCUUUUAAUAAUGUGCCUAUGACAUAAUUGGUAUUUUAAAAGGCAUUUAUUUUCAUUUUAUUAGAAAAAUGCACAAACUGUAAAUGUACAUACCAUCAAAUGAUGUCGUUGAAAUUGUGUCCCAGCCCUGAGCAGGCCAACGUCUGAUUUAGAAAUGAGAGCUAAAAAUUCAAAACAUAACAUGUAUGUAUGCUUGUAUGCAUUAAUUAUACCUUAUAAUAUCUUUAAAACAAUAGUAUGAAUUUAAACUUUAUUUACUAUUUGUUUGUGUUUUUUUAAUUUGUGACAAAUUAUUAUUACAGGAUUUAAAAUUCUUUGGCACUAUACAAUCAUGCAUGACCACAUGGCAGUAUACGCAGGACAACAAGGGCACUAUAAAUGCAUUACCCAUGUCACUAUACAUGCAUGACCACAAGGGCACUGUUCAUGGAUGACCAAACGGCACUAUAUACACGCAUAACCACACAGCACUAUAUACACGCAUAACCACACUGCACUAUAUAUGCUUUACCACACCAGGGUCUGCACUAUAUAUGCAUGACCACACCACUAUAUGCAUAUGAAUGACCGCACCACACUAUAUAUGCAUGACCACACCACUACAUAUGCAUGACCACACCACAAUACACAGCACUAUAUAUGCAUGACCACACAACACUAUAUAUGCAUGACCACACCACACUACAUAUGCAUGACCACACCACACUAUAAAUAUGCAUGACCACACCACACUAUAUAUGCAUGACCACACUGCACUAUAUAUGCAUGACCACACCACACUAUAUAUACAUUAUCAAACUGCACUAUAAAUGCAUGACCACACCACACUAUAUAUGCAUGACCACACCACACUAUAUAUAUGCAUUACCAUACUGCACUAAAUAUGCAUUACCACACCACACUAUAUAUGCAUAACCACACCACACUAUAUAUAUGCAUAACCACACCACACUAUAUAUGCAUUACCACACAGCACUAUAUAUGCAUGACCACACCACACUAUAUAUGCAUGACCACACUGCACUAUAUAUGCAUGACCACACUAUAAAUAUGCAUGACCACAACACACUAUAUAUGCAUGACCACACUGCACUAUAUAUGCAUGACCACACCACACAAUAUAUGCAUUACCAAACUGCACUAUAAAUGAAUGACUACACCACACUGUAUAUGCAUGACCAUACCACACUAUAUAUGCAUUACCACACUGCACUAUAUAUGCAUUACCACACUGCACUAUAUAUGCAUUGCCACACCACACUAUAUAUGCAUGACCAUACCGCACUAUAUAUGCAUUACCACACUGCACUAUAUAUGCAUUACCACACUGCAUUAUAUAUGCAUUGCCACACCACACUAUAUAUGCAUGACCACACCACACUAUAUAUGCAUUACCACACAGCAGUACAUAUGCAUUACCACACUGCACUAUAUAUGCAUGACCACACCACACUAUAUAUGCAUGACCACACCACACUAUAUAUGCAUUGCCACACUGCACUAUAUAUGCAUGACCACACCACACUUUUAAUACAUGCAUGACCACACUGCACUAUAUAUGCAUGACCACUUGGCACUAUACACGCAUGACCACUUGGCACUAUAUAUGCAUUACCACACGGCACUAUACAGGCAUGACCACUUGGCACUAUAUAUAUGCAUUACCACAUGGCAGUAUAUGCAUGACUACAAGGCACUAUGCAUGCAUGACCAUAAGGCACUAUGCAUGCAUGACCAUAAGGCACUAUGCAUGCAUGACCAUAAGGAACUAUGCAUGCAUUACCAUAAGGCACUAUGCAUACAUGACCACAAGGGCACUAUAAAUGCAUGACAACAUGGCACUAAAUGUAUGACCACAAGCUAUGAGAUUGUUGUUGUUCUACAUCUUAUUGAAUAGCAAUUCAAUAACUUUUUUUUUCAUAUUUUUACAUCUUUUGUUUAAUAUUGUGUUGUUGUAUUCCUUAAUUUUACAUGUACAUAUUAUGUGCAAUGUCGUUGCUUUUAUAAUAACAUGUUUUUUAACUCAAAUAAAAUUCCAAUUUACCAUGUCCA